GGUGUGAACUAGAGGAAGGAUAAGGCUGUUUGAGUGAUGGGGUUGACAUGUUGUGUUUCCGGUUCUUUUUUUUCUCGAAGAGUCCAGCAGCAUAGAGGAGACUCCCCUGGACCCAGCUGUGUCUCAAUGAAGAGUGAUCAAUCUAUGGACAAUCCUUGGAACUUUAAAGAUGGAAAUAAGUCUAUUGAGAAGAGAAUAGUCCAGCCGGAGAGAGCAGACUCCCCUGGACCCAAUUGUGUCUCCAUGAAGGGUGACCGCUCUAUGGGUCAUCCUCCUAAAUUUAAAGAUGGACGGCCCUCCAGAGAAGAGAGACAACCCCACCAGAGGUCAAAGGUUACCAGUGCUCAGUCUGUACAGCAGCAUCAAACAAAGCUGAUCAAGAGGGCUGAGGAGAACGCACACGCUUUCCUAGACAAGGAGCUGAAGAAGCUCUGGAGGGAUCUCUUCUCAGAUUACCCACAAUGCUCAGAGAGUCAGAGGGAGGAGGACGAGGUGGAUGAUAAGAAAAAGGAGCAGAGGAGGUGCGCCAUAGCGGGAGUGGUUGACAUCACAAAGCUCUGCCUGAUGGAGAUGAACCAGGAGGAACUGGCCGACACACUGUGGAGAAAAUCUGCUGCUGUCGAGUGCCAACAUAAAAUCAAGUCUAAUUUGAGGAAGAAGUUCAAGUGUGUGUUUGAGGGAAUCGCUAAAGCAGGACAGCCAACUGGUCUGAAUGACUUCUACACAGAGCUCUUCAUCACAGAGAGAGGCAGUGGAGAGGUCAACAAGGAACAUGAGGUCAGACUGAUUGAAACAGCUUCCAGGAGACCGGCCAAGGAGGAAAAACCAAUCAAAUGUGAAGACAUCUUUAAACCCUUACCUGGUCAAGAUAAACCAAUCAGAACAAUAAUGACAACUGGAGUGGCCGGCAUUGGUAAAACCAUCUUAACACACAAGUUCAAUCUGGACUGGGCUGAAGGCAAAGCCAACCAGGACAUACACUUCACUUUUCUCCUUACUUUCAGAGAGCUGAAUUUACUGAAAGGGAAAGAGUUUAGCUUGGUGGAACUUCUUCAUCACUUCUUUGUUGAGACCAAAGAAGCAGGAAUCUGCAGAUUUGACCGGUUCAAAGUUGUCUUCAUCUUGGAUGGUCUGGAUGAGUUUCGACUUCCUCUGGACUUCCAGAACAACCAGAUCUGGACUGAUGUCACAAAGCCGACUUCAGUCGACAUGCUGCUGACAAACCUCAUCAGGGGCAACCUGCUUCCCUCCGCUCGCAUCUGGAUAACCACACGUCCUGCGGCAGCCAAUCAGAUCCCUGCUGAGUCUGUUGACAUGGUGACGGAGGUGAGAGGGUUCACCGACCCACAGAAGGAGGAGUACUUCCGGAAGAGAUUCAGAGAGGAGACGCUGGCCAGCACAAUCAUCUCCCACGUCAAGAAAUCACGAAGCCUCCACAUCAUGUGUCACAUCCCAGUCUUCUGUUGGAUCACUGCUACAGUUCUGGAGGACAUCUUCAAAAAAUCCCAGAUAAAAGAGAUGCCCAAUACCGUGACUCAGAUGUACAGCCACUUUCUGAGGGUUCAGUCCAUACAUGGGGACAGGAAGUACCAUGGGAGAGCUGAAACAGAUCGAAACUGGAGACCAGAGAGCAGGGAGAUCAUUGUUUCUUUGGGAAAACUGGCUUUUAAUCAGCUGGAGAAAGGCAACCUGAUCUUCUAUGAGGAAGACCUGGCAGAGUGUGGCUUCGAUAUCAGAGCAGCCUCAGUGUACUCAGGAGUGUUCACCCAGAUCUUUAAAGAGGAGCAUGUGCUGUACAAGGACAAGGUGUUCUGCUUUGUCCAUCUGAGCAUCCAGGAGUUUCUGGCUGCCCUUUAUGUCUUUCUGUCCUUUAUCAACACUGGUGUCAAUCUGCUCUCAGGAAAACGACAAUCCCGGAGGUCUAUUCUCAUUCAAAACAAACAAACAGAAAAAAGAAAGCUCAAACUCUACCGGAGUGCUGUGGACAAGUCCUUACAGAGUGAGAACGGACAUCUUGAUUUGUUCCUCCGCUUCCUCCUAGGCCUCUCUCUGGAGACCAAUCAGAAUCUCCUACGAGGUCUGCUUGGACAGACCGGAAAAAGCUCAUGGACAAAUGAGGAAACAGUGUCUUACAUCAAGGAGAAGAUAGCUGGAGAUCUUUCUCCAGAGAGAAGCAUCAAUCUGUUCCACUGUCUGAAUGAGCUGAACGACCAUUCUCUAGUGGAGGAGAUCCAACAGUACCUGACAUCAGGAAAUCUCUCCAGAAAAUCUCUCUCCACUGCUCAGUGGUCAGCUCUGGUCUUCAUCUUACUGUCAUCAGAAGAGGAGCUGGACGUGUUUGAUCUGAAAAAAUACUCUGCUUCAGAGGAGGGUCUUCUCAGGCUGCUGCCAGUGGUCAAAUCCUCCAAAACAUCUCUGCUGAAUGGCUGUCAUCUGUCAGAGAGAUGCUGUGAAGCUCUGGCCUCAGUUCUCAGCUCCAACUCCUCUAGUCUGAGAGAGCUGGACCUGAGUACCAAUGAUCUGCAGGAUUCAGGAGUGAAGCUGCUCUCUGCUGGACUGGGGAGUCCACACUGUACACUGGAAACUCUCAGGCUGAAUGGCUGUCAUCUGUCAGAGGGAUGCUGUGAAGCUCUGGCCUCAGUUCUCAGCUCCAACUCCUCUAGUCUAAGAGACCUGGACCUGAGUACCAAUGAUCUGCAGGAUUCAGGAGUGAAGCUGCUCUCUGCUGGACUGGGGAGGCCACACUGUACACUGGAAACUCUCAGGUUGUCUUACUGCUUGGUCACAAAGAAAGGCUGUGCUUCUCUGGCCUCAGCUCUGAGCUCCAACCCCUCCCAUCUUAGAGAGCUGGACUUGAGCUACAAUCACCUAGGAGAUUCAGGAGUUACGUUACUCUCUGCUGGACUGGAGGAUCCACGCUGGAGACUGGACACUCUCAGUGUGGAGCACGGUGGAGUGUGGAGGCUGAAACCAGCUCCAAUGAAGUAUGCCUGUGAACACACACUGGACCCAAACACGGCCCACAGAGGACUCUCUCUGUCUGAGGACAACAGAGAGGUGACAGAGGUUGGAGAGGACCAGUCAUAUCCGGAUCACCCAGAGAGAUUUGACUCCUGGCCCCAGGUGUUGGGUAGAGAGGCUCUGACUGGCCGCUGUUACUGGGAGGUAGAGUGGGAAGGACGUGUUUAUAUAGGAGUGACAUACAGAGAAAUCACAAGGAGAGGAGGGGGUGGCGCCAGCUGGCUUGGAGGGAACAACAAGUCCUGGAGUCUUUAUUGUCGUGGUGGUGGUUACUCUGCCCGGUACAACGGUAUUAGAACAGACAUAAGUUUCCCCCCCGCUGGCUCUACCAGAGUAGGAGUGUAUCUGGACCGGCCUGCUGGCACUCUGUCCUUCUACAGAGUGUCCCCAGGUGUAGGAGGGUCCUCAGACACACUGACACGACUGCACACCUUCCAGACCACCUUCACCCAGGAGGACCUCCUCCCUGGGUUUCUGUUAGGGGGUGAUGGUGCCUCACUGUCUCUGUGUCGGUUGUAGAAAGAAAACACAGACCCGGA